AUGGCGUCUUCGUCAAGCCUGACUCGAUCGGGAAGUGCGCCGCAGUUUCACCUCGACGAGAAGUGGAAGCUGUCGAAGAAAGACGGGUUUAACGGUGGCGCGUCGAGGAUCACGCGCUCUUCGUCGACUUCUUCUUUCAGCUUCAAUGGUGGUGGUGGUGGCAAGAAGUCACAGAAACAGGGGAGGUGUGCUUUUACGAGGAAGUGUGCAAGAUUGGUUAAAGAACAAAGAGCUCGUUUCUAUAUCAUGCGUCGAUGCGUAAUCAUGCUUAUUUGCUGGAGAGAUAAUUACUCUGAUUCUUAA